UUUAGAGCAGUAGAACGAGGGAGUGUAUUUAGAGAAAAAUUAGGCGAGAUGACUUUGGGACUGAUCAAUGCAAAUCCAGUGGUUCACGCUAAGAAGGAACGAAUCGCUCGUGUUGAUGAUCUUCCUCACGCCGAUGACGCUGUUGAUCCUCUCGAAAUUUAUGAUUUUGUGAGGGAUAUAAGAGAUCCGGAGCAUCCAUAUUCUUUAGAGCAGCUGAGUGUACUCUCCGAGGAGUCCAUAACUGUUGACGAGAAGCUUGGGCGCAUUCUGAUAACUUUUACCCCAACCAUCCAGCACUGUACCAUGGCAACUGUCAUUGGCCUCUGUUUGAGAGAGAAGUUGAAGAAUUGCUUCCCUCCACAUUUUAAGGUGGAUAUAAAAGUGUCUCCUGGAUCUCAUGCGGAUGAAGAGUCAGUUAAUAAGCAGUUGAAUGAUAAAGAACGGGUUGCUGCUGCCAUGGAGAACCCAAAUCUUCGCCAGCUUGUAGACGAGUGUCUCUAUUCAAGUGAGCUUUAAACGAACUAUGCCUUUCAUUUCCUAACAAACUGUAUAGUAGGUCAACUUGUCUUUUAACAAAUGUCAUCUGGACAUGGAUUUGUUUUACGAGAUUUUAUCACUCUUAAUGCUAGGA